UUCUGUAGGGUUUUAGCUAAAACCACGCUGCCCCUCCCUCUCUCCCUCUAUGGUUUUUCUCUCUCCAAUGACAAACUGAGCCAGAACUCUCUUUCUUCUAUCAACACUUUUGAAUUUGUAAAAAAAUUUCAAAAUGAAAGUGAAAGUAAUUUCACGCUCUACUGAUGAAUUCACUCGAGAACGUAGCCAGGAUCUUCAAAGAGUGUUUCACAAUUUCGACCCAAACCUAAGAACACAAGAGAAAGCAGUGGAGUAUCAGAGGGCACUUAAUGCUGCCAAAUUGGAUAAGAUAUUUGCAAGGCCGUUUAUUGGCGCAAUGGAUGGGCAUAUUGAUGCAGUUUCGUGUAUGGCAAAAAACCCAAAUUACUUAAAAGGGAUUUUUUCUGGUUCUAUGGAUGGAGAUAUUCGCCUUUGGGAUAUAGCUAACAGGAGAACAGUUUGUAGAUUUCCCGGUCACCAAGGUGCUGUAAGAGGUCUGACUGCCUCUACAGAUGGGAGUACUCUUGUAUCAUGUGGAACUGAUUGCACUGUCAGGCUUUGGAAUGUUCCUGUAGCUACUAUUAUGGAAUCAGGCAAUUCGUCCGCUUGUUCAUCUGAGCCACAGGCAGUUUAUAUGGGGGAAAAUGCAUAUUGGGCUGUUGACCAUCAAUGGAGUGGUGAUCUCUUUGCCACUGCUGGUGCCCAAGUAGAUAUUUGGAAUCAUAAUAGGUCUCAGCCAGUGAACAGUUUUAAGUGGGGAACAGACUCAGUUAUCUCUGUCCGAUUUAAUCCAGGGGAACCAAAUCUCUUGGCUGCAUCAGCAAGCGAUCGCAGCAUAAUGUUGUACGACUUACGCGUGUCAUCUCCAGCAAGGAAACUUAUUAUGAGGACAAAAACUAAUUCUAUUUCUUGGAACCCAAUGGAGCCCAUGAACUUCACAGCUGCAAAUGAGGAUUGCAACUGCUAUAGCUAUGAUGCGAGAAAAUUCGAUGAAGCCAAGUGUGUACACAAAGAUCAUGUUUCUGCAGUGAUGGAUAUUGAUUUCUCACCAACAGGUCGGGAAUUCGUAACUGGAUCUUAUGAUAGAACAGUAAGAAUUUUCCAGUAUAAUGGAGGUCACAGUCGAGAAAUCUAUCACACAAAGAGAAUGCAAAGGGUAUUCUGUGUCAAGUUCAGCUGUGAUGCAAGCUAUGUUAUUUCAGGAAGUGAUGACACAAAUCUGAGGUUAUGGAAAGCUAAAGCGUCUGAACAAUUAGGAAUUAUACUGCCAAGGGAACAGAGAAGGCAUGAAUAUAACGAAGCUCUAAAGAAGCGCUACAAGCACCUUCCUGAGGUCAAGCGCAUUGUGAGGCAUAGGCACUUGCCCAAACCUAUAUACAAGGCUGGUGUCCUUAGACGUGUAAUGAUUGAAGCUGAAAGGAGAAAAGAUCAUAGGAGGAAAGCUCACAGUGCCCCGGGAAGCAUUGUAACUGAACCAAUGCGAAAAAGAAGAAUUAUUAAAGAAGUUGAGUGAGUUUUGUACGCUGGCUAGAGUAUCUACAAUUGGAUCUUCUAAAGCUAGCACCUUAAAGUGUGUGUUAGGCGAUCCCAAAUUUUGCCCAUUCUGCAAUGCACUUUGAAGAGAGAAGAAAUCAUGUGAGGUUGAGGGUCAUCUUAUGAGCUCUUCGUGAGCAAUUGGUCUUAUAGAGAGACAGCUCUGUUGAUGCGUUGUAGUUUUUAAUGUCUUGAUCAUGGCAAAUCUUUCUCGAGCAUGUUGGCUUGCUUCAGUUA